AGUGGUGGCCUCAAUCACCGGCCAAUACACGAGAAACGAAACUCAGAGCUCUGUGGAACUUGCUCCAAGGAACAUCAGUAAUUUGUGCCGAACGAGGUUAUAUUCAAAGUUGCCUGACAAGAUCACAAACUCCUGGGGUGGCAAAAAAACGUGUGUUAACUCCCUCUCUGGACAUACCUUAACGUGUUGAGCAGCAAUUAUCGAUACAAAAUGACGUAUUUGGAAAUGAUUGUUGAGCGGAGAAACCAGGGUGGAUGAUAAUAAGUGAGGGGCAUGUGCUGUGAAGAGGAGUUAUCACAGUGGUCCAAAUUGGCUCGGCCACUCAACUUUCGGGGCAAUUCUCCAGUGGACCUCGAAAUAAUGGGAAUAACUCGUCGACCUUCCCCCAAGAUAUUCGGCCUCGUAUCACCCGUUCGUUUCUUUUUCGAUGCGCCUCAGUCUAUAUUUUAAUCUCUCAUUCCUGGAUCUCUGACAACUUACAUACAGAAAAAAAAAACCAACUAACAGCCACAUCGGCUUCACGAUAUUCUCAGUAACUGCCCACUCACAUUUUCACUCCUUUCUACCGGGGAAAAAAUAAAUUGCAGAGACUAUUCGAUUCUCCGGAUAUCCGUCUCUGACUCGGCUCAUUCGUUAUCGUCAUGAACCACUUUUUGCAUCUCCGCAGUCGUGCUCUGCACAGCCUUAUACUUGGCCUCGUAGUUCUCACCUUUUACGCCUAUUAUCGAACAACCAUCGACGAUUUUAGACCUGUCACCGUCCCUAUCGAAAUCGGUGAGGCGGCCUUCAUCAGAGUCAACCCCCCGAACAUCAGCGAGAUACCAGGUCAGUCCCCCAAGAACAUCACCCUGGACUUAAUAUUGACGAACGCAAUAUCCCCUCACAACUCUACGAUAUCAACUGGAGCAACAGCCAUAUCAACGUCUCAAGGUCCACAGUCUUCCGCAAGUACAUCGAUAAAUCUCCCCAGCAACGAUCCAACCCUGCACUCGCCAAAAUCAUCGGACACCAAAUCCCCAGUGAGCCACCAGUCCGAUGACACAGCCCGUGGGAUAUAUCAGGCUGGUCACGACGUAACAGUCCAGGAAAAAUGUCCAAACUACGGUGAUGACAUGGAUCUGGUGAUAAUAGUCAUGUCAGCGCCAUCACAUAUCGAGGCAAGAACAGCAAUUCGUCAGACAUGGGGCCACUUUGGCCAGCGAACAGACGUAAGUGUCCUCUUCAUACUUGGAACAACAAGAGAUGUUAAACUAGAGAAUCUUCUGCAGCACGAGCAGAAGUUGUAUGGUGAUGUGAUAAGGGGUAGAUUCGCAGAUUCUUAUUCAAACCUAACGCUCAAGACGAUUUCAACACUCGAGUGGGUUGAUACAUAUUGCUCAGAGGCUAAAUAUCUUCUGAAAACCGACGACGACAUGUUUAUCAAUAUACCAAGAUUGUUAUCGUUCGUUAAAAAACACGAUAGAGAUAAAAACGUUAUAUUCGGUAGAUUGGCGCGUAAAUGGAAACCCAUAAGAAACAAGAGGAGCAAGUAUUACGUAUCUCCAGCUCAAUACAAACCACCACUUUUUCCUGAUUUCACCACUGGCCCGGCUUAUCUAUUGUCGAGGGAUGUUAUCAAUAGAUUGUACGAAGCUGCUCUCAAUCAGACCUAUCUUAAGCUCGAGGAUGUCUUCACCACUGGCAUCGUUGCUCACAAACUCGGCAUCAAACGGGUUCAUGCCAAUGAGUUUUUAAAUAAACGAAUUGCGUACAAUCCAUGUAAUAUACAGCGGGGGAUUAGUAUACAUAUGGUAAAGUACGGUGAGCAGUUUGAUCUCUGGAAGAAAUUACUCGAUGGCAAGAGCAAGUGCAAGAUGACGUAGAGAUGUCUUGGAUUUUCUGUAUUGUCUUAGAAGGAUUCAGUGUCGGUUAUGCAAAAUGUCUAGGAAAUGAGAGACUGCAUUGGAUUAUUGUCAAUGAAUUUUUAUUACAAAAGCUGUGGAAACUGAAAUACUACGGGACGGUAAUUACCGUGACAAUUAGGUAGUCGUAUUAUUUUUUAACGUAUUCCAAAUUUGAGUAAACUAUUAAGUUUGGUUCCUAGAAGAUUGGAGAGAUAAUAAUUAGAACAGUUUAUUAAUUUUUAUACAUUUCCCAUGACGUGAUUAAAAAAAAUUUUUUUUUGAUAUGACAAAUUAUAGGGACGAAUAACAAUUUCUUGAUUAGUUAUUGUGAUUAACGAAGGGAUUUGGUUGAAGGCUGGAGUUAAUUCAGUCUCUCCAAAUGGCCUGCCGCCGAUUGUUGAUGAAUCUCUUUAACAUUUAAUUAAUUAGGGAUUGGUGUGUAGAGAAUAAAUUUUUUUUAGGUGAAAAUUGGGA